UGUGAUGUUUCAUAUGCCCUCUUCCUACGAGUUCUCAUCCUCGCAGUCACCUUACUGCUCUUGGGAACUCUCGGGGGCAUCUUCUGUGCUGAUACCAUUCCUUGUGAACCGAGCUCUGUUCUUGUUCAGGGUUCAACGAGUCUAGGAGCUAGCUUUAAGAAUAGUGAUAUUGAUGCCGUGUUAGUGACCCCGAACUUUAUCCAUCGCGAGGACUUCUUUGGAUCAUUAGUUAAUGUAUUGAAGAAACACCAAAGCAUACAGGAAAUACUGCCUAUUCCUUAUGCAUUUGUUCCACUGAUAAAAAUGAAGGUCGAGGAGACUUGUGUCGACUUGAUACUUAGCCGUCUAAACUUGCCGUACGUCCCCUGUCCACUAACGUUCAAUGAGAAGCCGGAGGUUUUCUACAACAAUGUCGAUCAGUAUUCUGUGCAUGGACUUUCCGGACUUCAUUUGGCACAAAAAUUCCACGACCUAGUCCCGGAUUUCUCUUUAUUCACUGACCUCCUUAAAGUGACGUCACUUUCGGAUUCAUAUUUGGGCCUCCUGGAUCAGACUAUUAUAUUAGCUGAACUGGUGGAACUACAGUCCGGUGUCCCUUCGCGAUCCCUAGAUAGCGGAGACUCACAUAAGCCUUCAAAACGCAAGGUUGAUGCAACCCUCACAACUCUAGUGCAAAUAUUUUUCACAUAUUUCUCCCACUGGUUAUGGCCAUGUCCGGUUAUCUUGUCGCCUGUCGUUUCUGUUCCUGAACUACGCCUUUACUCGUGGCAUCCCAAAAAUGCAUCUUUAAAGAACCAUGACCUCAUGCCCAUAAUAACACCAGUCUUUCCGCACAAAAAUGCCGCCUAUACUGUACGUCCUUCGACGCGGGAUAUUGUUGUAAAGGAGUUCAGGCGAGGUUAG